AUGAGCCUUGACAAUAAGCCCGAGUUCAAUUCCGCAGAUGUCUUGGAUCAGUCAGUCCAAAUUGGGGACGACCAGACUUCCUCGGUAACACUUGUAGAGAAGCAAACAAGAACACGUCGCUUAUUUUCCACGACGCAGCUGUUUGCGUUGAAUAUUGUGUAUCUGGGAACAUGGUACAACACCGCCAAUAACAUGUAUUUUGCUCUUGCCAAUGGAGGCCCUGCGACAUGGUUUUUCAGUUAUCUCAUAGUUGCUAUCGGUUCGCUCUUACAGGCUGCGUCUCUCGCCGAGAUGGCAUCCAUCCAGCCAAUUGCUGGGGCCCAAUAUUACUGGACUUAUCAUUUUGCUCCCAAGUCGAUGAAACUCUUCCUCACCUGGGCCCAAGGUUGGACUACUUGGUUUGCCUAUAUUGCGCUUCUCGCGAGUGGCUUCAAUGGUGCAACGGUUCUGUUUGAAGGGGCGAUCCAUGUUACGCAUCCGAACUACGUAGCUGGUGGAUGGCGGACGACCGUUGUCAUUCUGGCGACGCUGGUGUUCUGUGCAGCUGCGAAUAUGUACGGAUUCCGACUUGUACCGUGGUUUGAGUUGCUAAACGGAGUUCUAAAUGUCUGUUUGUUCAUUAUAUGUUUCGUUGUUCUCUGGGACAAGUCUUCUCGAAACAGUGUUGAUGUGUUUCUGAUCACAAAUAUCUCUUCUGGGUGGGAGAACUACUUCAUAUCUGCACACUUGGGCUUCGAAGCAUCUAUACACAUGGGUGAAGAAACACUCAAUCCGAGACGAGCUGCUCCCAGAGCGAUGUUUUGGUCACUGGCAAUGAACUGCAGCCUUGGUCUAAUCAUGAUUAUUACUUUUGGGAUAUGUAUGCCCUCGCUCGAGACACUUCUUAACUCAUCAAGUCCUUUGGUCACCAUUCUCGUCACAUCGGCUGGACCCCAAGCAGCAACCGCUAUCCUCUGCUGUAUGGUGUUGAUGGGAAUAUCUUCAAAUGUUGCUCUCGUAUCUUCGGUAUCCCGUCUUACAUGGGCAUGGGCUCGUGAUGGCGGUCUACCACGGUACUUUGGCUACGUCGAUGGGAAGCAUCAGGUGCCAAUGCGUGCAGUUAUACUGACGUGUUCCAUCGCCACGGCCCUCUCACUUUUCAAUCUCGGCAGUGCUACAUAUGUGGCUCUUGGAGCUAUCGUAUCAAUAUCUUCGAUGGCUAUGUACCUGAGUUAUUGCAUCGUACUAUGCUGUAUUCUACAUGCUCGAUCAACCACCGGUAUCAAGCUCGGAGAAUGGAACUUGGGUCGGGCCGGCCCAACUAUCAAUAUCUUGGCGCUCAUAUACACAGUGUGGGUAAUGGUGUUCCUGCCAUUUCCAAAUAAUUUGCCGGUCACGGCGUCGAACAUGAAUUAUUGUGGGCCUGUUUUUGGCACCGUUCUAGGUGGCACUGUUGUUUUAUGGUUCGUGAGGGCGAAAUGGCACUGGAAAGGCCCUAACCAAGCCAUUGUUGAGUAUGUUCUCCGGGACGAGCCAUGA